CACCUUUCGACCUCUCUCCAAUUCGCCUCCCCAAUUCACCCUUUCUAUAUGCUCUAUGACGCUGCCCUGCUGGGUGUGGGGCUGGGCAUCAAGCUCCUGCUCCUGCCUGCUUAGUAAGUUCUUUUACAGCUCGUCGCGCUGGCUACCCAGACAGCCGGCACUGGCCUCAGGGAACCGGCCACGCUGCCGUGGGGUCUUGUUGAGCGUGUGGGGUUUCAGGCUUGUCAGGCUUGUCAGGAUCCUAACACCUUUUCACCAUCCAUGCGUAGCCAUUCUACCGACUUUGAAGUGCACCGCAACUGGCUGGCGAUAACAAACUCCUUGCCGCUAAGCAAGUGGUACUUUGAGGACCGAAGCGAGUGGACGCUUGACUACCCGCCAUUCUUUGCCUGGUUCGAGUGGGCCAUGUCGCAUGCAGCGCGGUGGUGGGAUCCGCGAAUCGUAGACAUCGACAACCUCGGCUAUGCGGCGGACACGUGUGUCCUGUUCCAGCGUGUGUCGGCGAUGGCCUCGGAGCUGGUUCUGUUCAUGGCGCUGCGCCGGUUUGUGCAGUUCAAUAAGGGUUCAGUGCAGAGCAAGGUCGCUGCAGCACUGGCGUUCUUGAGUCCCGGGUUCAUGUUCGUGGACCAUGUUCAUUUCCAGUACAACGGCUUUCUUUUUGGCAUCCUAGUCUACUCACUGGUGCUGGCACUGGAGGGCCGCGAUCUGAUGGCUGGCACCGCAUUUGCCGUUUUGCUGUGCUUCAAGCAUAUCUUUAUGUACAUUGCCCCGGCGUACUUUACGUACCUGCUAGUACACUACUGCAUGGUGUACAAGGUGGUCGGAAAGUCGCAGAGGCGGCCCGGCAAGCAGCAGCUUGACAUUGGUGGGUCGGUGGCGAAUCUGGCCAAGCUAGGGGCGCUUGUCGUCUUGGUUUUUGCGGCGGCAUUCGGGCCGUUUGCUGCGAUGGGCCAAAUUCCGCAGCUAGCCUCGCGGCUGUUUCCGUUCAAGCGUGGGCUGUGCCACGCGUUCUGGGCGCCGAAUUUCUGGGCUCUGUACAUCUUCCUCGAUCGUGUUCUGAUCCUUGCCUCGCGCUUCCUGCCCGAGACCAUCGCGGCUAACAUCGACAAGGCUGCAACUAGCACACGCGGACUGGUCGGGGACACCGAGUUUGCGGUGCUGCCCGACGUACCCCCAGCCGCGACAUUUGUUAUCACGCUAGUUGCUAUGCUCCCUGCCUGCGCCAUGCUGGCGUCGAAACGGCGGGCGACGCCGCAGCGGUUCAUCCAGUCGGUGGUUCUGUGCGCUUACGCAUCGUUCAUGUUUGGCUGGCAUGUACAUGAGAAGGCCGUGAUGCUGAUGCUGGUGCCACUGAGCCUUCUGACUGCAUCUCCGUCGCCGCGUACUCUGCGCAUGUUUAGUGUGUUGGCUGGGUCUGGAUACUACAGCCUAUUCCCGUUGCUAUUUGGUACCCAGGAACUGCCGAUCAAGGUGUGCAUAAUGCUGCUGUGGGCCAUGUGCGCGCUGGCCCUUCUCAAGGCGACAUCCAGGGUCUCGGCUUGGGGUUGCCUGACGUGCAUCGAAAAACUAUAUCUGCUGGGCCACAUCCCGCUGUUUGUGGUAUCUGAGCUGGUACCAGCAGCAGCAUUUGGGCGGCUGCAGUUCCUGCCACUGGCCAUGGUUUCCGUGUAUACAGCACUCGGUGUCUUGUACUCGUGGAUUGGCCUAAUCAUCGAGUUUGUGUUGGCAUAAAUGGUUCAGCGUUGUCGUGGAUACAACAUAAAAUGCAAUUUUGCACCGCUUAUACUAGGAACAUCACGGAUAUAUUCAGAAACAGUGUAUGUAGUCAAACCUGCCCCCAUCCACAUAGUAUUCCUGUCAGGCUACUACUUCC